GUGCAAGCGAGAGCAGCGGAUCUUAGUGACCGAGGGGAAAUCUGCUAUAAAUACCCGCGGCGAGAAGCCAUCGGAUUAGUUGAAUCGAGAGAGAGAGGAAGGCUCCUAGGAAGAUCUGGUACAGUUGGAACGGGAUAACGUUGAGGCGUACUCUGAUCUUUGUAGUGACGUCUUAGAUCCCUUUUUUUAUAUGAUUCUUAAGAACAUUGAGAUGGAGUUUAGAAUCUGAUCCGUCAGUUUGAUUUCAGAAAUUACACAACUUUUCAAAAGUCAACCUACAUCUUUUGGGAACUUGAGUAGCAACUCAGCAAAGGGGAGACGUGAUGGAUGGAAAAUUUUCUUUAGAGAGUAGCAAGCCUAUGACAGUAUAUGUCUGGGACAUGGAUGAGACACUUAUUUUGUUGAAAUCCUUGUUGGAUGGGACAUAUGCAGAGGCCUUUAAUGGUUCAAAGGACAAAAGAAAGGGCAUUGAGAUCGGGAAGCAAUGGGAGAACCACAUCCUUCAAGUUUGUGAUGAACAUUUCUUCUAUGAAGAGAUUGAGGACUACAAUGAGCCAUAUCUUGAUGCUUUGAAUGAAUAUGAUGAUGGCCGGGACCUCUCCAAGUAUAAUUUUCACAAUGAUGGAUUUGGUUUUCCAUAUGAUGAUUGGAAUAAAAGGAAAAUGGCAUAUAGACAUCGUGCGAUUCAAGAGAAGUACUCACAGGGUUUAUAUAAGAUACUUGACCAACAGACUGUAAAAAAUUGGAAUGAUAUGUACGAUUUAACUGAUAGCUACACUGACGGAUGGCUUUCGUCAGCACAUGCUCUGUUGAAGCAAACAUUGAAAAGGACUAAAUGCCAGAAUAUUAACGUCUUGGUUACUUCAGGGUCACUGAUUCCUAGUCUUGCCAAGUGCUUGCUUUAUCAGUUGGAUGAUGUUAUCCCAGCUAAUAAUGUUUACAGCUCAUGGGAAGUAGGCAAACUACGGUGCUUCUCAUGGAUCAAGGAAAGGUUUGCUAGUGAAAAUGUCAGGUUCUGUGUGAUUGGAGAUGGAAAUGAGGAAUGCGAAGCUGCUCAAACAAUGGGAUGGCCCUUCAUUCGAAUAGAUCAUCGACCAAUUAGCCCAUAUCGCUUUCCAGGUCUAACUAUGAAAUCUGUUCUAAGUUACAUUGAUGUGGCAUAUCAAUCAUCAGAUGCCAAUGUAGAAGAAACCAUAGAGUAAUAAGGUUCCUCUUAUCCUAGUCAUCCUACUCUUGAUCCUCAAACUCUUCUGCUUCUCUUGAUGGUAAUUUGAAACAAUGUCCUAAAGGUCUUCUCUGGUGAGCUUUAUCAAUGUAAAAUGAGCCCACCGCAUCCUGCACCAGCGUGAGAUUUGUCUUGUUUUUGGUGUCCCUAAUUGCAAGCUGUUUUUUUGUACAUUAAGCUUGCCACCUAGAUGGAAGAACGCCUUUUUUUUGGCUUUUCCCUGUAUAUAUCCGUCUAUGUUUUGUUGUCCUGUACCUUGUGUUCAUCUCUAGUAUCAAUGAAGUGGAACUAUCUGCAUUAUUUGGUUGCAGAAGCAUAAAAUGGAACUCUGUAAAUGAUAUGGCACUGGAUAUCCAUUUACAGGAGUUUGUUUCUUUUGUUAAAGGAAAAAAGAUGAUGUGUACCCGGAAGGUGUAUCCAUCAUGAUUCAUGAUGUGAUUCUCUAAAACACAUCGCUAGGAAGUUUUACAUCCAUAGAUAGGCCCAUCAAUGAACUAAAAACAAAACCAGCUCCUGAUAUCUCUAUUUGAUUCUUCCAUUGUAAUAAAAGAUAUAAAAGAUUAUCCAUGCUUCCAAUGGCAUUCUCUACUGAAACAAAAUACAGAAACACAAUCUUGUCUAUCAGGACCGUAGAUCACUGAUAGUAUACUUUAUUUCAUCACUAUCUGGUACCAGAAAAUAUCAAUGUCUUGGUUACUUCAGGAUGGCUGAUUCCAGUUCUCAUCAAGUAUUUCUCAAUGAGUCAGAAUUGCAAUCUCAGCUAAUAAUGAUCUUGAAGUAGAGAAACUUAACUGGAGGGUUAGGUGGCCAAAACAUCAGGUUCCUUGUGAUCAGAGAUGAAAAAGAGGAACGCCAAAGCUCAUUGAUGUCCAGCUCAUGUCUAGUUCCUUUUGAUCGGAGACAGGGAAAAGAGGAGUGUGAAAGUACAAUCAUGGAAGGCAAAACCCUCUUUAUUGACUCCAACUUCCCUAUUUAUUAUCGUCUUCAUUGCAGCCCUUGAUGACCGCCGAAGGUAGGACAAAGCAUUGAUCUCUGUCCUCUUCUUCUAGAGUCGCCGUGGUGGAUGGAAAUUAUAUCAUUUAAGCUCUAAGUUUGUUUUUGCCGUGUGUAUCUUCUUGUUUUGUUCUUAUCGCAAGAUUAUUUUUGUAAGUUUGCUAAAUUGAUUGAGGAGUUGAUUCUUAAUUGUUUAUACAUCCACGCUUACUCAAUAAAUAUGUACUUGGUAUUA